GUGAUACAGAGCACACCAUCACUUCUCCUGUCGCUGGUCGGUUUGGUCUUCACUGGUGAACUCUUAGAACACGUCGCUCGAUGGAGAGUCUUUCGACGCGUCGACGAACUGUUCAUUCUUGUACCGAUGAUCGGCAACCUCAAGGGCAAUCUCGAAAUGUGUCUCUCGGCACGAUUAGGUACCUCUGCAAAUAUCGGCGAACUCGAUCAUCGCAUGACUAGACGAGCACUUCUCAUGGCCAACAUGACGCUUUUAUGCCUUCAAGCAUUGCUCAUCUCUUCGCUUGCUGCAUUCUUGUCCUUCUUUCUCGGUCUCAUUACUCGACAUCGAUUAGGUGACAAGAUGGAGCCUUCGGGAGGGUUCGGAGAUGAUGCCGGUCUAGGCGUCGAUGAUGGAGAAUGGCACGAGGGAUACACGAGACCAGGCUGGAAACAGCUUGUCAUGGUCCUCGCUACGGGUAUGGGCGCAGCAGGAUUCAGCGCGUUCGUCCUUGGCAACUUCAUGUCUGCCCUCGUGGUCGUCAGCCGGUGGACCGGGAUGGACCCAGACAACAUCACACCUCCCCUAGCUGCGUGUCUGGGAGAUCUCAUGACGCUGUUCAUCCUCGCUGGAAUUGGGACACUCCUUGUCGGCAUGAUGGACACGCCAGUCCCUCUCUUGACAGUUAUCCUCAUGUGCGUAGCCGUCGGAUGGUUUGCGAGACGAGUGAUGCAGAAUGACUGGAUCCGCAAAGUCGCCAAAGGAGCAUGGGCGCCGCUGAUCGCAGCCAUGCUCAUUGCCAGUGGGGCUGGAAUGGUCCUAGAUCAAGGGGUGGGUAAAUACAGAGGCUUCGCCCUUUUGUCCAUAUCUAUGGGAGGUCUGACCGGAUCCAUCGGUGCCAUUCACGCCAAUCGACUCUCUACAAGUCUGCAUACCAAACUUCAUAUCCGAUCCCCCAGUCAAAGUCACCAUCCGCCAUUCCGAACCGAUCAGCUUUCCCCACUACACAACAUGCUCGUCCUCUAUCUUCUUGCCUUUCCAUGUCAAGCUUGUUUCCUCCUUUUCGUUCAGUGGGCAGGUUGGAUAGACUUGAGUUUAGCUUGGGCAGGUUGGCUAUGUUUCGCGCUGACCGCUGGAAUCUCACUCGUACUCGCUCAUUAUCUCACCUUGUUUUUCUGGGCUCAUGACUUGGAUCCAGACUCUUACACUUUACCGAUACAUUCUGCCCUUGUCGACUUUUUGGGAUCCAUGUUGCUCAUGCUGGCGUAUGAGAUUUGUAUUUAUACAGGUAGAGAUGUCGUCACUCAUAUCGUAGAGACCGAGUCGGGAGCUACAUAG